AUGCUUGAUUAAUUCAAUGAAGCAAUCAUUUGGGCUGAUAAAGCGUUGGAAGUUGAUCCAAAACAUCGUGAUUCAUUAUCUGCUAGUUUACUGAUGCUGGGUUAAUUUGAUAAAGCAAUCACUUUGGCAGAUAGAAUGUUGAAAAUGGAUCCAAACCAUAGUUACUUGUGA